AUGCUUGCUAACAACCGAUCUGGUCUCUCGCUGACUCUACUUAGAACUCAAGAAGCUUACGAGAAGAACGUCAAGACUUUGUUCAAGUCACUUGAUCGCGCGGAAGGGGAUCUUGCCAAAUCUGGUGGUCCCUUCUAUCUGGGCGACAAGCUGACCGAGCUUGAUGUGCGCCUCUACACAACCAUCAUCAGAUUCGAUGCCGUCUACGUUCAGCACUUCAAGUGCAACAUUCGCGACAUCCGCAGUGGCUACCCCAACCUACACAAGUACGUUCUGACCUUCCAUUGGUGCGCGAACCCCAUGCUGACAGAUCUCUUCUAG